GUUGGACAUCAGCAGGGAGACACGGGGGGGCGGACAGUCCAUAUUUCCAGAACCAGUAUGUAGAGGACAGGGGCUCUUCCGGAGCAGGAAUGAGACAAACAGAGGACUCCCCCAGCCCAAAAGCUGGACAACAUGUUGGACAGUGUCCCAGCAGAGCACCCCCUGUGAUGCACGUGAAACAAGAGGACUCCCUCAACCUGAGGUCAGGACAGGAGGGACAGAGGGACAGUCUGAGGCUUGGACAUCGUCCUGUACAGUGUGACGGGCAGGCAUCUCCGGGACGUUGUGGGAGAGACAGUGUGGUCACCUCAGGGCUACAGACUGGAAAGCCAGGGGCCCUCCAUGUUUCACAAGAGUCCAACACCAGCAGAAAGAAGACAGGGAGAGAGGACUCUCAGUCGGUCAGCCUGUCCUGCUCGCUUGUCCCCUCCAUGCACUCUCAGAGAGUUGCCCGCACAAAGUGGGAGUUCCUGUUCGGGACUGUGUCCGAGGACACCGCAGCCACGGGGGUCAAAGACCCCCAGGAUUCCACCACGCCCCCUAACGUCGACUCCUCCAGUUUUCGCCCCGCUUUGACACCCCCCCGCUCGCUGGCCCUGCGGGUCGGAGGUGAGGCUCUGGCCAAUCACAGUGUGCAGCAUGUGGAGGUGGAGCUGGUAACCCCGCCCCCUGCAGUGGGAGGGUCCUGCCCGCGCACAGGGAUAAUCCAGCGCAUGCUGCAGUACUCGGAGACCGACCUGGACGCCGUGCCGCUGCGCUGCUACCGCGAGACCAACAUCGAUGAGCUGCUGGCGGAGCAGGAUGAGGCAGACUCCGCCUUCGGCAGCAACCGAAGCAUCAUCGGAACCAGCGAGGAAGAGGAGGGGGGCUGGGAGGACAGGAAAAACAAGCGCACCGCCCCCGAGGAGGAGGAAAUGUUUACCCUGGGUCUGGAACGCCUCUCUUCUCAGUCUUCCCUGGGUGCUACUCUCAAGUCUCCGAUUGAUAUUCCACCUCCCCGCCAUGCCUUGGAGGAGGAUCUGAACACAUUCAGCCGGCACUUUGAGAGCAUCAUGGAGUCCCACCGUGCCAAGGGCACGUCCUACGGCAGCCUGGACAGCAAGGACCUCCUGUCCUCGAGCCAGACCGUCAUCACCUUCGACCUGCUCUCGCUGACCCCCGAGAUCCAGGGUCUGAUCUGCCAGAGAGCACGCCUCAUCGAGCACCACUUCUCCCCACUGGCCCCCGGAGAAACCCCCAGCAUGUCCACCACAGACUCCGCACACACCCGCACAGACUCUGCCCACACCACUGCUCCUGAGAGCAGCGGGGAGGAGGGCAGCUCCGGGAAUACUUCCAGGGGCUUGGUGUGGGACCAGACUGGGCUGGUGGAGACUAACACCCUGGUGGGGAAUGAUGCUGGGCCCCCUGGAGGUGGACCCCCUGGACCACCCGACUCCCUGGGACCCCCUGGUGACUCUGACCCCCCGACCACCCCCUACUGUUGGGUUCUGAUACCCCCACCAGCUACUCAUGCUCCGACCAGAUUGGAUCCACCCCACGAGGUGGCUGAGACUGGGGGAUGGUUCGGUGAGACUGGGGGCUGGUGGGAUGACGUGGGGGGCUGGUGGGGGGCACGGGUGGGGGUGGGGGGGUCACACAGUGAGCGCCCCCCCACCCUGGAGUCGGACCCGGAGUCGGACCUGAUUGAGCGGAUGUGCCUGGGCAGCACCGACACGCUGACCAAUGGGAGCAGGACAGAGAGGAACUCUGCCAAGCGAUUGGCUAAGAGACUGUACAGCCUGGAUGGGUUCAAGAAAUCUGAAGUGGCUAGACAUCUGAGAAAGAAUAAUCAGUUCAGUAAGAAGGUGGCGGAGGAGUAUCUUCGCUUCUUCAACUUCACAGGAAUGAGUCUGGAGCAGGCGCUGCGAGCCUUCCUGAGGGAGUUUGCUCUGAUGGGUGAAACUCAAGAGAGGGAGAGGGUGCUGGCUCACUUCUCACGCAGAUACCUUGCCUGCAACCCCAGCGUCAUCCCCUCCGAAGAUGGAGUCCACACACUGACCUGCGCGUUGAUGCUGCUCAAUACAGAUCUGCACGGGCAUAACACUGGGAAGAGAAUGACCUGUCCUCAAUUCAUCUCCAAUCUAGAAGGGCUCAACGAUGGAGCAGACUUUCCCAAAGAUCUCCUCAAGGCCCUAUACAACUCCAUCAAGACUGAGAAGCUACAGUGGACAAUUGAUGAGGAGGAGCUGCGCAGGUCGUUCUCAGAGCUGGCUGACAGUCACAGUGACUCCGCCUCCCGCACCAUGAAGCGAAUCAACAGCUGCGGAAACCCCUUCCUGAGUGCGUCCCAGCCCGCGAGCACGCUGACCUACAAGCAGGGCUUCCUGGUGCGCAAAGCACACGCCGACCCCGAUGGCAAGAGGACCCCACGAGGGAAGAGAGGCUGGAAGAGCUUCUACGCCGUUCUGAAGGGACUCAUCCUCUACCUGCAGAAGGGGGAGUACAGGCCUGACAAGCAGCUCUCAGAUGAGGAUCUGAAGAACGCUAUCUCCAUCCACCACUCCCUUGCCAUGAAAGCUGCCGACUACAGCAAGAGACCCCACGUGUUCUACCUGCGCACUGCGGACUGGAGGGUCUUCCUGUUCCAGGCACAAGAUGCUGAUCAGAUGCAGUCGUGGAUCACGCGAAUAAACACUGUGGCGGCCAUCUUCUCAUCUUCACCUUUCCCAGCGGCCAUCGGCUCCCAGAAGAAAUUCAGCCGGCCUCUGCUCCCUGCCAGCAGCACCAAACUAUCACAGGAGGAGCAGGUUCAGUCCCACGAGGCUCGGUUCCGCUCCACCUCGGCAGAGCUGGCAGAGCUGUGCUCCUACCCACCCGAACGCAAGGUGAAGGGGAGAGAGCUGGAGGAGUACAGGCAGAGGAACGAGUACCUGGAGUUCGAGAAAACUCGUUAUGGAACGUACGCGAUGCUGCUGCGUGCAAAGCUGCGCUAUGGAGAGGAGGAUCUGGCGCGAUUCGAGUCACGGCUGUUCAAGGGAUCCGAGGCCGAGGACAAUGAGCUCCAGAGAACUCACUCCAGCCCCACCUUUCCCAAUGACCCCAGCCAGGGAGGGGCCGCGGGCCGGUGCAAGCACAGCGAGGGCCAGCGACACAGCUAUAGGCAGGCAGUGAAGCAGUGAGGGAAGGGGGCCACAGGGGGGCGCUCUUACACACAAGGGAGUGGAGGGGCUACACACAGUCCUCACUGCUCCUCACUUUCACCGGCCAAUGGGAGCCAUGGAGGUCACCUGACUGACAGGCUGACUGACGCACUGGAAGUGAACUGAAUCAGUGAGCUGUAUGUCUGUCUGUAUGUAUGUCUGUCUGUCUUUGAACCUCCAGCAGGAAUGUGAAGCUACCAUGCUUCAGUCUCAUCGCUUGCAUGUUACUGUUCUAUUCAGGAGGUUCGCUUUCACGGAAUUGUCUCUGAAACGCUUGGAGGCUCCUGUCUGAGUUACCUUUUUUCUUUUCUUUUUAUGAAAUAUUUCCAGUCAAACGUUUCAUGGAAGAAGUUGGAAGCUAAGCUCCGUGUUUCACUCAAUGGCGCUGCUUGCUCUUUUUGUGAAGCCCGAUUUGCGUUUUUUUAAAAGACUUUGUCAAGCCAUUUAAAGCUGCUGUCACACUGACACUGACUGGGAAAGACUUCUUGUAGGAAGCGACCGCUACCUUCGGAAUUGCUUUCGGGAUCAGCGUUCCCCUUUCCCAUGAAUACUAUGGACGUGCAUGCUCUUUUUGGGGAGUUAUUCAGCUCUGAACUUUUUCUUCCUGAUUUAAAAAGGAAGGGAUACAUUCACUGUGAUCAAAUGACAAUCUGUUGUUGUCUUGGUUCGCCUGAUUACAAUCCAGCUGCUCAGACUGACUGGCAACAGCAGGAGAAUCAUGCAGCCACAUUUCACAGCCUUGCAAACUUGCCCUGAAACAUCAUCUUUUACAGAUUGUUUUUCUCUUUUAAAUCAUUGUUUUUCUUACCUCCUCAUAGGAACAUCACACUUUCUGAACAAUGUUUUAGGGUUUAAAAAAAAAAAACUCCCAAAUAGUGUAUCUAUCCAAAAUGAUGUAUUAUUUUAUUAAAUGUUUGGAGAAUACUGUGCAGUGUAAUACUGAGAUCAGAACAAUUAGCAGCUUCUUAAUAAUGAAAUGUGCAUUGUUUUGCGUUAUAUACAGAGGAGACAGCAUGGGCGUUCAUAGAGUCCUGCAGUUAUAUACAGAGCAGACAGCAUGGGCGUUCAUAGAGUCCUGCAGUUAUAUACUGAGGAGACAGCAUGGGCAUUCAUAGAGUCCUGCAGUUAUACACAGAGCAGACAGCAUGGGCGUUCAUAGAGUCCUGCAGUUAUAUACAUAGCAGACAGCAUGGGCGUUCAUAGAGUCCUGCAGUUAUAUACAGAGGAGACAGCAUGACUGUUCAUAGAGUCCUGCAGUUAUAUACAGAGCAG